GCUAAGAGCUCCGUCGUGCCGGUGUACCGCAACUGGGUGGGACCUCGCUCCGUCCAAGGCGACAGCGCAUGCUGGCGUGAGGCGCACGUUAUGAAGAAAUGCCCCUCGAACUACGACCGCAACGAGAAGACCAACACGUGCUGGGCCGAAUGCCCCAUUGAGUUCCCAGUGGAGUGCGGCAUGGAGUGCAUCCGCCAGAACGACGACUGCGGACGCGAGGUACUCUACAAGGUCGGCUCCGUGUUCAACGUCGGCAUCAACGGCGUCAUGGACAACUGGUUCGGCAAGUUCUCGGAAAUGGCCAAGGGCGUGCGGACCGCCGUCAUGUGCUCCUGCAUGAUUGUGGGUGAGCUCCGGGCACUUAACCGCUACAUCCGCUCCAUUAAAGCUGCGGACCCCGAGGCGUCUCAAGACAAGAUCAUGGCGCAGCUCUAUCAGUCG